AUGUCAUCGGUUUUGAAUUAUGCCCCAAGCCGCUCGGGAGUGUCCUCUCUGAGAGCGGCGCAAUUGUUCAGUUGGUUCAAGGGGAAUCGUCGACAUAAAUCUUCCGCCGCUAUAUAUCAGACAACAGCCGCGAGAUUCCACAAUGCGCCCCAUGCGCCUUUACAUCCUCGAUCCGGGCGCCGCGGCCUGACUUCUGCCCACAGCACGACUUCUCCGGUAUCCGAAUCCCAGAAUGACAGACGAGGCGGGAGUGAAAAUACUCGACGAUUUCUAUUGAACGAUUGGUGGGAUAAGCUGCGGCACCAAUCCCAGUUAAACGAGUCUUAUUCAUCUCCAAAUUCAGGCAUAGAGAGGGGUAGUGGACAAGGACAAUGCACAGAAAGAAAACGGAGUGAAUUGCAGCGAAGGCGUCGCGAAUCGAUCCAACGAAGGAGGAGGCACAAAAAGCGCAUUCAUCCGACUCCGUCAGAUUACUUAAUGGCUGUUUUGCAAAAUGCGCAUCUUACCUCCCAGCAACCGAGUGACGAACUCAAGAAACCAAAUCGACUCUCGUUCCAAACGAUUCUAGCUGAGUAUCUUAGACUGGUUGACCCGAUUCUGGUCCGAACGAAAGAUAUCCGUGCUGCACAAGAGUUAGAGUUGGACUGUGCGCUAAAGGAGGUUUUCUGCGAAAGACAUCUUGAGUAUCUAGCGGCCCGUCAAUAUGGUAUUGUGGAUGUGAUGACCUGGGCAUGGAUACUCAAGAGCAAUACGGUCUAUGAUGCUAUCCUUCGGAUUUUUGCCUUGGAAGGAAAACAGGGAAAUCAGCAUCAUGGUGCUGUCCGGAAAGUCCCCAUAUUCAUCCCGCUGAUGCUACUGCGAAGGUCAAGGUUUGAUGCAAGAACCUUUCGUUUGGUUCUCAUUUACUUCUUACAUCUCAUGAGUGGUGAACCAAUCCCAACACUUCGUUCCGCCCUGGCGCCGAUAAAGAAGGAGACGGAGUAUAUGAUGAAGCUUCAACCGGCAAAACGCGACUCCUCAAUUGAUGCCAGCACGUGCAUGUUAUCAGUCGUUCGCUUACUCCGCCAUGCUAGACAAGUUUGGCCACAAACCCAGCUGACUAUUGCGCGUGCACUUGCUGAUUUUCUGACACAUUCAAGUGAUCAGGAAAAUUGUUCAGAAGUUUCCGCGGGACGUAUAAACCGGUAUCGGGCCGAGAAAUUCAACCUAUGUCUCUGGUUACUUUCAUUACCUUCCAAAUCAGGCCCCUUUGUGUCCGCUUCGAUACAGCAGCAAGCCCAGUUUGAACUACUCAAGGCCAUGGCGAGUCAUAAACCGGUCCUCCCAGUAACGCGACGAGGCUAUCAAGGUGUAAUCGCAGUUCAACUGGCACAUAAAAAAACACUAGCUGAGCGACAGGCGGCCGAGCUCAAAGCCCCGUCCUGGCCGCCAUGGAAGGAAGAGAAACUCGGAAUAGACUCCCAUCGUGGAAUUGAGGGAAUGACGAGUCGGGCAAUGCAAGUAAUGACUCAGAUGAGAGAGGCCGGCUAUUCUCAUACACGUUGGGAAGAAGUUUCAUCCAUCUUUGCUGGCUGGGACACGGAUCGAAGCCCAACAAUUCAAACCCGAACGCUGAUGCGUCGACCACAGUCUUUACCUGAGCCUCGUGGAAGCACGCAAGAUGAUCAGGCCAUCUGGGUUGCUCGCAUCCGGGCUACGCGUACAGUGCGAGAAGCUUGGGCAUGCUUUCUCUCAUAUCAAGACCAGGGUCUUUCUCCUCGUUUGAGCAUUUAUACGGCCAUGGCAGAGAAGCUUAUUUUCCGUCGGAAAGCGGUUGAAGCCCAUUUCGACGAGACCAGUGACGCCUUGCCUGGAGAUGGCCCAGAGAUAUUUCCAGAACCAGCAUCCGCUCGAGAUCUGAUAUAUGUGCACUCGGAGCCGCCAACCCUGGAAGAACUACUGAGGCGCAUGCUCUUUGAUGAAAUCAAGCCAUCCGGGAGGCUCUUGGAAUUACUUCUUUGGGCUGCACCCAGCUUCAGAUCAGGCCUUGAUUACCUCCGUUCCAGCAAUCUAUCUAACGAUCAGAUCGAGUCAUUGUGCACCGUGCGAGGCUAUGGGGACCAGAGCGUCAAACAGCAGAGGACCUUGACUAGAUUACCUAACAGUCUAUUCUCAUCCUUUGUCGGAUUUCUUUGCAAAUAUUCGAAUUUUAAUCCACUCUACCUGGCUCGGUCCGAUAUUCGUACGGCUGAUCUUUUCCCGGUUGUGAUGGGCCACUAUCGAGCGAAAAGACAUGCGGGGACCUCAACAACGCUGUUUGAGAAUUCACAGACUGGUGAAGAUCUUCAACACCCCAUGACGCUAUCACAUGCGGUCCAACUCGUCAAAUUGCGAAAUUCACAACAUCCCUUGCCGUGGAUUCGACUCCUCUCAGCGCUUGGUGCAGACCGGAUCAGCGUACCUUACCGUAAAAUGAGCCGGACAACCCAGCGUGUCCUUGCUUGGCAUGAAGUCCUGGAAGUCGCGAGGUUGAUGCAAGAACGGAAAAUAGAGAUGGGACCUCAAGGGUUCCAGAUCCUUUGCAGCACCUACGCAAGAGCAGUAUCUUCAGGAGGCCAGCAUCCAAUGGCGGCUGAGGAUGGUCUAGAGCUCGUCAUCCAUGCGAAACGGAACGGAAGCCUGCCUCACCUUGGUUGGGUUUGUGAGACAUUGGAGGACAUGACGGAUGCUGGUAUUGGCAUAUUGAAGGGCUACUUCGACAGACUUGUUCUGUCAGACCCAGCUACUUCUCUCUUUCAUGAUGACUUUACGUUAUCUGAAGAGACCACUACUGAUUCUCAGGAAACCAUCCCUUCCAUGCUCCACGUUCCUUCACCUGCCGUUCUCCACGCCUUUGUCAGGGCUCUCGGGAUAGCUGGGGAUAACACUGGCCUUCUCGGUAUUCUUCAGUGGAUGAGCAACCACGCAUCUACGUUGAAGGAGGCCGCUGAUGAGUAUCUUAAUGGCGAACGCAUGAUGCGGCGAACCCUGGUUGCCGCUCGAGUUUUUGUUGAAGGGCCGCCUUGGGGUAAACCAUCUCUACGCGAUUCGAAUGAUCCCGAGAAGUUGAUUUUCCCGGAUGUUUUGGUGGAGAAGGCAUACGAUAUAAUUACGGAGACGCCUCUUUGGGAUGGCUGGCCGAGUGACGAGGAGGUUCGGGAAUAUGUAAAUAGAGAGACACGAUUAUAG